GACAGCCAGCCACCAUUUCUUUACAAACUAUUUAUAUUCGUCGCUCUCUUUCUCUCUUUCAAUUUCAAUUUCAAUUUCAAUUUCAAUCCAUCAGAUGGCUAUCUCUCGAAUUCUCUCCCAAUCCCUCGCCCGCGCUUCUCUCGCUCCCUCUAACGCCCUAAUCACCCACCACCGCCACCGCUCCACCAAACCCGCCCGCGCUCAGCUCAUCGAGGUCGACCUCGACUCCGAUUCACCCGACCCCGAGGCUGUUUCUCUCGGCGUUAAGAGGCUCCAGGACGCCAUCCACAGCAUCAUCGUCCGCCGCGCCGCCCCCUAUUGGCUCCCCUUCCUCCCUGGCCACUCCUAUUGGGUCCCCCCACGCGCCGCCUCCUCGCGCUACACCCUCGCCUCCAUAUCCCACCCAUUGCAGCAUCAAUUGUUAUCCGAGGAUGAGCAGAUGUCCCUUUUAUCGGCCAACGGCUGGCCUUCCUCCACCUAUUUUAUUCAAGGUACUUCACCACAACAUCCAAUCCCAAUGCUAAUAUUUUCGGACACUUCUAGCUCCAAGGAUGAACCUUGACUGCCAUUCAAUGUGAUUGCCGGGUCACAUCAGGGUUGCCAUCGUUGUAGAUAUGAAAAACAUGGAAAAGGUGAAGGCUGAGGCAACUUGAAGGAAGAACACAGAUUGAAUUUGCAUAAGCAUUGUCCCCGGUAAAGUGUAUUCGAGAAGAUUAUCACAUGCAGUACCUGAAUAGAGAAUGUAUAUACUUACGUAAUGUUAUUCUAGUAAAAUAGUUAUAUAGUAUGAUGAAAGCUGAGCUCAUUAAAUAAAUAGCUCGUUUUUCACAUAAUAUUCUAUUUAUGUCGUCUUACAGAACUGAAUGCUGUUGUUGUACACACCAACUUUACUUCGUGAAACAUGUUGUACUUAUUUUUCA